CAACCAUUUUGCAUUUGUGAUGGAAAAGUUGGGGCCACGACUCGACUCAGUCACGUCACACAAUAACUCUAUCUCUAACGCCGCUCUUCCAUUCUCCUUCCUCGCUCAUCGAUCGUUCGUCGUCGAAGCGCUUUGGCAUUUGGCGUGUGUCCAUCGGUUCGUUGCUAUCAAUCAAGCCAUCAAGAACACUACGGUACUGCAGAGUACCGUACUAGCUAGCUGGCCAGCCCACAUCCAGAGGAGACAGAAACAAUGGCAUCACAGGGUCGAAUUGUGAAAGAAUUGGCGGAAGUGGGCAAGGAUGACAAGGUUUCAGGCAUCAAAGCCGUGCCCGUCACCGAGGGGGACUUGAGGCAUUUGAAGGGGACAAUACCAGGUCCUCAGGGCACGCCUUAUGAAGGAGGCAUCUUUGAGAUUGACAUUGUUCUUCCAAAGCAAUAUCCAUUUGAACCACCAAAAAUGAAAUACAUUACCAAGAUUUGGCAUCCCAACAUUUCCUCCCAAACUGGCGCCAUUUGUUUGGACAUUCUGAAAGAUCAGUGGAGCCCCGCCUUGACCAUCAAAACUGCCUUACUUUCCUUGCAAGCUCUGAUGUGUUCGGCAGAACCAGGAGAUCCACAGGAUGCCGAAGUAGCAAAAAUGUACAUGGGAGAUCGGAAGAAGUUUGAUAGCACAGCCAAAUUCUGGACGGAAACCUAUGCCAAACCCACAUCCAAAGAAGAUGCGAUUACACGAGUUUGUGAAAUGGGAUUUGACCGAGAAAGUGCACGAAAAGCCUUGGAAAAAACUGGAUGGGACGAGAGUGCUGCAGUCAAUUCCUUGCUGGGAAUGUAAUAGAAAAGGCAAAUGAGACACAAAAACAACUGACGAGGCAAACAGUGUGUUCUUCCUA